AUGAGAGGCGAGAUUUGCCACAUCCACAUUGGCCAGGCUGGUACGCAGCUUGGUAACAGCGCUUGGGAGUUAUACCUUCUGGAGCAUGGCCUCAAGGCUGAUGGCCGUAUCGACCCCGAGGCGUCCGAGGAACUCAACUCGGGCGCUUCGUUCGAGACCUUCUUCAGCGAGACCAGCAACGGCAAAUACGUCCCCCGUUCGAUCUUCGUUGACCUCGACCCAUCGCCUAUUGAUGAGAUCCGUACCGGUGACUACCGCCAGCUCUUCCACCCUGAGCUGUUGAUUAGCGGAAAGGAAGACGCGGCCAACAACUAUGCUCGUGGUCACUAUACCAUCGGAAAGGAGCUUGUGGACAACGUCGUUGACCGCGUCCGCCGGGUGGCCGAUAACUGUUCCUCUCUACAGGGCUUCCUGGUCUUCCACUCCUUCGGUGGUGGUACUGGCUCUGGUUUCGGUGCUCUGUUGUUGGAGCGCCUCUCCACUGAAUACGGCAAGAAAGCCAAGCUAGAGUUCGCCGUUUACCCUGCCCCCCGUGUAUCAACUGCGGUUGUUGAGCCCUACAAUGCUGUACUGUCCACCCACAGCACUAUUGAGAACGCUGACUGCACCUUCCUUGUUGACAACGAGGCAGUCUAUGACAUUUGCCGUCGCAACCUGGAUAUCCCCCGCCCGAGCUAUGAGCAUCUGAACCGCCUGAUUGCUCAGGUUGUCAGCUCUAUCACCUCCAGUCUGCGUUUCGAUGGUGCCCUCAACGUCGACUUGACUGAAUUCCAGACCAACUUGGUGCCCUUCCCUCGUAUCCACUACCCGUUGAUCUCCUUUGCCCCCGUUGUAUCCAGCAACCGCAGUUCUCAUGAAAGCUUCAAGGUGCAGGAUCUUACCUUCCAGUGCUUCGAGCCUAAUAACCAGAUGGUUGUCUGCGAUCCUCGUAACGGAAAGUACAUGGCUGUGGCUCUGCUGUACCGCGGUGACGUUGUGCCCCGUGACUGCACCCAGGCCGUAGCUGCCAUCAAGGCCAAGGCUUCCUUCAACCUGGUCGAAUGGUGCCCUACUGGAUUCAAGCUGGGUAUUAACUACCAGAAGCCCGUGCGCGUUCCCAACAGCGAACUUGCCCCGGUCGAUCGCUCUGUCAGCAUGCUCUCCAACACCACCGCCAUCUCCGAGGCCUGGAGCCGUCUUGAUCACAAGUUCGAUCUCAUGUACUCCAAGCGUGCCUUCGUCCACUGGUAUGUCGGCGAGGGUAUGGAAGAAGGAGAAUUCUCCGAGGCCCGUGAAGACCUCGCUGCCCUGGAGAAGGAUUACGAGGAGGUUGCCAACGAUGGCGAGCCAUUGGAGGAGGAAGAGCCUGAAUACUGA